AUGGCUGAACACAUGGUUCGUGAACCAUUGUCUGGCAUAGACAUUCUUAUCGCUGGGGGAGGCCUUGCAGGCCUGACCGCUGCAAUUGAAUGUUACCGCAAAGGUCACAAUGUUCGUGUAGUCGAACGUCGACCUGGUCUCGAUCCCUUUGGGGAUCUCGUUGCCAUCCAACCCAGUGCAAUUCGCACCAUGCGCAAGUGGCCGGGAUUUCUUGAGCGACUGAACGAAAACACAUUCGGACCACAAGCCCACAUGUACAAGUAUGACGGAACGCUCAUCGGGGUGUUCCCUAUCUGCGAGUCUGGUCCGAAUAUUGAAGAACGCGGUAUGGCUCUUAGUCGCUUGGACGCUCAUCGUGCAUUGCACGAUUACGCGAUGGCCCUCGGCAUUCCUAUUGAGCAUGGCGUUAACGUUCAGGACUAUUCUGAGACCACUGACAAGGGUUUCGCUAUCCUCGAAGAUGGGAGCAAGCUUGAAGCGGAUCUUGUCAUUGCAGCGGACGGCGUUGGAGGUAAGGCAUGGGGUAUAGUUAGCGGGAAGAAGGAGCAACCCAUUAGCAGUGGCUACGCUAUAUACCGCACCACCUUUCCUCUUAAUCACGCUUUGGAAGUUCCGGAGUUGGCCAGAGUAUUCGACGAAAGCCCCCGAACGACUAUCCACAUAGGCCAUAACACGCAUAUUGUCACUGGCAAGAACAAGACCAGUGUGUGUUUCAUGAUGACCUAUAUGGAUGGCGGCAAUGUACCCGAUAAUUGGUCCAAGACUCAGAGUUCGGACUGUGCACUUCGUUAUGUGAAGGAAUGGGGCUCAUUUGUCCCGAUGCUCGUCAGUUCUGUGCCUAACAAGGAGGUCACUGACUGGAAGCUCAUGUGGCGCGAUCCCCAACCAAAAUGGGUCUCUCCUACAGGCCGUGUCGUCCAAAUCGGAGACGCUGCACACACUCUUCUUCCUACCAGCGCUAGCGGAGCAACCAUGGCCAUGGAAGAUGGUAUCACACUCGCGACAUGCCUCCAAAUCAGCGGAAAGGAUGAUAUUCCUUUAGCUGCGCGAGUCUAUAACAAGCUUCGCUUUGAACGCGUCUCGUGCGCGCAAAGGGCGGGAUUCAAGACGCGUGAGCAGUGGCAUCGCACCAACUGGGAAGUUGUGUCGAAAGAUCCCAAGGCGCUCGGUAAACUCGUGGGCGACUGGCUAGCCAAACAUGACUCGGAGCAAUACGCCUACGACAAUUAUGACGCAUGCGCGAAACAUAUCGUGGACGGUACACCAUUUAAUAACACCAAUAUUCCCCCUGGAUACGUCUACGAACCUUGGACGGUUCAAGAUCUAGUGAAUGCAGCGAAUGAGGGUAGAGUUGUUCAGGAUGCUGGUAAUUGGUCUUAG